UUGUCCGCCGCACCGGGCCUCUGGCGGCCUCUGGCUGUGGCGCCCUCGGCGGAGGCGGCCAUGCCGAAUGCGGACACGUGGGAGGAACAGCUCGCGUUUCAAAAAGUGAGAACUUUUGCCUUGGACUCCUCGAGGCUUUUAGAAUUGCAGGUUUCCCUGCUGCAAAACUAUAUUUGUGAACAAACUCCGGAAGGGACCUAUCAUGCCGUCCGCUACGUCUCAGAGGCUGUAGAAGAGGUCUUCGAGACAAUCCAUGGACUUCAAUUGAAACUGGCCUGUGAGAAUUUGCCUGCGCCUGGAAGAGUCAAGGCCGGCGUCGCUGCGAUCGAGGCCGACACGGUGGCCUCGACGGAGGCCGAGGCCGAAACGGCGCCGAAGCCGUCGCUGCGGCCGCGGCAGUUGUUGCCGCGCUCGGAACGGAAGAUCUUCCUGACUGAAGAUGACGAUGAUCUGGACCAGGCGAGUUCCAGAGAUGAACCAGGUUUGACCAUGCAAAAGGCGGUCAGCAAUGCACAGGAGAGCGUUGCCAGUAUCGCCGAGAGCGUGGUUUUGAGCAUCAAGAGCGAAGAAGUACAGUCAGCCAUUUGCCCCCAUGGUUUGCUCAGUCCGAGAUGGUGGGGCAAGUUGGUCUGGGACUUUCUGGUGAUGUUCUUGGUUCUGAUGGAUGCCACGGUGCUUCCGUACCAGUUGACCUUCAAAUCCACCUUCGACCCGGACGACUUCGACGUGGUAUGGCUGUGGAUCACCACUUUGAUCUUCGGCAUUGAUGUGGUGAUCUCCUUCAACACCGCCGUGGAAGCCACGGAAAAGGAUGUGCACGUGGCGCCAGGUUCAUUGAUUUUGGAUCGCAGUGUCAUCGCCAAGAAGUGCCUCCGUGGUUGGUUUGCCAUCGACUUUGGCAGCACCGUCCCAUGGUCGCAGCUGGCCGAGCUGCUGACCACGGGCGAAGACUCGGGCUCCGCACAGCUCACGCGCUUGACGAAGGUGGUGAAAUUCGUGAGACUCCUGAGGCUAAUGCGCAUGCUGCGCUUGGCCAAACUGGGUGCCAUCUGGGAACGCAUCGAAGCACGCAUCGGCAGCAUCUUCUUCGUGCAGUGCGUCGCCUUGAUCCGUGUCCUGUUGGUGGUGAUUGGAAUUUGCCAUUGGAACGCCUGCAUCUUUUGGUUGGUUGGACUUCCGCGAAACUUGUUUUCGGAGCUCUUAGACGAUGAUUUGCAGGAGCAGUAUCUCAAUUCGCCCCAUUGGACCACGGUGUGGAGGGUCACAGAAGCACAGGUGAAUGGCUCGGCGGAUGCUUGGCGUUGGAUCGAUCGACCCAUGGCGGAGAAAUACGUCUUCUGUUUCUACUGGACCUUGGGCGUGAUGCGCACCAUGCCAGCGGAAGUCACGCCGGUGAAUCUGCCCGAACGGCUCUUCGUCCUGAUCUUCAUGUUCUUUGCACUGAGUGCUUUCGCCAUCUGUGUCUCGCUCAUCACACAAGCCUUCUUUAAGAUUUCGGACCGGCGUCGAGCCUUCAACGAGGAGCUUGCAGCAGUGCGGAUGCACCUGCAGAAGACGGCCGUUGAGGAGCCGAUCCAGUUGAAGGUCAAGGCAUAUUUGAGGUAUAUCUUUGAUCGGCGUCGCAUUCAAGCAAAGGAAGCCAACUUGCUGAACAUUUUGCCCGAACAGUUGAAAAUCCAAGUCCGGAGAUCACAGAUGCGAAUGCACUUGCAGAAGAUCCCUUUGAUGCGGGAAGUUGAAUGGGACAGUUUUGAAAAGGUCCUGGAUUCGCUGGAAACCUUCGACCUCAUGCAGGGUGACGAAGUGAACGGUGCAGGUUCCCCGGCCACGGCAGCCUGGGUCCUGGUCUUCGGGCGCUUGCGCAUUGUGAAACGCAUCAUCAUGAUGAGCAGCGACACCGCGAUCAACGAUUUGGACAUCGCGCCGCUCAUCGUGGACGAACAUUGCCUCGAAGAUGAAAAUACGGUGCUCUCCAGAAUUACCGCCAUUGCGGCGGAGAGUUCAGAGCUGAUUCGCGUGGACAAGGUGAAGUUCUUCAAGUGCAUUUCGGAGACCCGAAGGAAGAGUUUGCACGUGCGCGGCACAGCGCUGUACCGCGUGAAGAAGAGCACCAUCGAAGACUCCGGGAUGAGACCAAGGAGGACGACAAAAAUGACCAUCGGAUCGACGGAUCAUAUUCGCAACGGAGAACGUACGGAUGUUUUGAGUGAUGUAAACCAUGGGGUUAUUACCAUCUGGUUAUUUAUAUAA